GCCUCAACUGGGAUGCGGAGCCUUCGUCAGAAGCUGCAGAUCAGGAACAGGCUGGCCCGGGAAUGCCUGGCUGAAUUCAUUGGGGAAUACAUGCUCAUUCUCAUGGGCACAGCGGCAGUGGCUCAGGUGGUGACAAACUUCGAUCAGAAAGGGACCUAUUUAUCGAUUAACAUUGGCUAUGCUGCUGGAGUUCUGUUUGGGAUUUACGCCUCAGUUGGAGUCUCAGGGGCUCACUUGAACCCGGCAGUGACCCUUAGCCUGUGCGUCUUGGGUCGGUUUCCCUGGAGAAAGCUUCCGUUCUACACCAUCUCCGAGUGCCUGGGGUCAUUCGUCGCCUCGGCAACCACGUUCACCCUCUACUACGACGCCAUCCAAGAGUUCUCUGGUGGCAAUCUGACCGUGCGUGGGCCGAGGGGGACAGCUGGCAUCUUUGCGACGUAUCCCGUGGAGUACCUGUCUGUCCGCAACGGCUUCAUCACGGAGGUAAUUGGCACCGCUGUUUUGUUGAUUUGUGUCUUGAGCGUUGGCGACGCCAAAAAUGCUGGUGCCCCAGCUUUCCUGCAGCCGUUGCUGAUCUCAUUCUCGGUACUCGUCAUCGGUGCUGCUAUGGGUGCCAACACCGGCUACGCCAUCAACCCAGCGAGAGACCUCGGACCCAGACUCUUCACCUUCGUGGCUGGCUGGGGGACUGAAGUGUUCAAGGCUGGGAACGGCUGGUGGUGGAUCCCUAUCGUCGCGCCCCUGAUUGGUGGCGUAUUAGGCAGCCUGGCCUACACGCUCCUCAUCGACCUGCACCACGCGGAGCCCGUGUCGGCCAAAGAGGAGGUGAAGGACGUCAAGGCCGAACCUCAAGCUGAAUCAGAGGAGGCCGCGGAGGAGCCUGUUUAGGAGUCUCGCCGGCAGUAGGCCCCGCCAACUUGUGCUGGGGAUUUUCUUUUCGAAGGCCCGGAGAGUUUUCUCAACUCUCCCAGGUGACCGAGGCCUACCCCGUCAGAUGUCACCGGUGUUUAUUUGACCGCGGGGCCUCUGAGUGAGCGUCAAUGACAAUCCUGCACCUUUAGCAAUCUCCACAAAACCGAAAACGAAUGUUGAUUCUGGGAUCCAAGGACACCCUCCAAAUCCCCUUCCCCCACUACCACCCCCAUCACCCCCACCCCUUUCAGCGGGCGCCAAGGGCAACCCAGCUCGGGCCUAACGAGGCGACAAAAGCCUGUUGGGGGCGGGGGUGAAAGGUCAAGCUUCCAGCCGCCAUUUUGUGUAAUGCCAGCUCCGGCCUACCAGAGGGGGGACCAUACUGGGGUGAGGAGUGGGGGUGGGUACAGGGUGCCCAUGCUGCUCCCACUCCUUCCACCCCACUCUGAGGCCACCGCUGAACCUGGAAGCGGUGCCAAUGAGCAGAAG